ACAAGCGCUCCUCCGGUUGUCACUUGGAUGUCUUUGACUCCUUCAGGUGUGCUUUCCUUCUGCUCUUUCUUCCUCCAAGAAGAAUGGGUCUCUGGAAGUUCCUGGGGCUUGUGGGUUUCUUCACCCUUUGCAGAGCAGGUCAAGACAACAAGUGCGACAACUUCUCUGACCUGAACUUUCAUGAGACGUUCAUCGGAACCAACCUUUAUGUGCGUCUGCUCCUCUACACCCGCGCCAACCUGGAUUGUGGUCAAGAGCUGCCCCAUCAUAAUUUUACCAAGGAACUCCUGUUCGACGUGAAAAAACCCACCACUUUCGUCAUACAUGGCUACAGGCCCACUGGUGCCCCACCUAUCUGGAUUAACCACAUUGUACACCUGCUGGCAGCUCAGGUGGACAUGAACAUCUUGGUAGUAGACUGGAACCGAGGCGCUGCCAACCUCAACUACUUCAUCGCAGUGACCAACACACGCCGCACUGCUAUCAACAUUACAGGCUUCAUUGAGAGGAUGAGGGAUGAGGGUGCAUCUCUCGAAUCAAUCCACCUGAUAGGGGUCAGCCUGGGGGCACACGUGGCUGGGUUUAUAGGAGCAAUGCUAGGAGGCAAAAUAGGAAGAAUCACAGGUCUGGACCCAGCAGGCCCAAUGUUCGCAGGCGUCCCUCCAGACGAGCGACUUGAUCCAACGGAUGCCCAAUUUGUAGAUGUCCUACACACGGACAUGAACUCCUUUGGACUCAAAGGGACUCAUGGACAUAUUGAUUUCUAUGCCAAUGGUGGACUAGACCAACCUGGCUGCCCCAAGACUAUCUUCUCAGGAAAAUCCUACUUUGUUUGUGACCACCAGCGUGCUAUUUUCCUCUACCUGUGUGCUCUAAACCACACCUGUAACAUCACUGCUUACCCAUGCUCCUCCUACAGUGACUUUCUCAAUGGCCAGUGUUUGCAAUGUGAAGCCUUUAAGCCAGCCUCCUGUCCUGUCCUGGGAUAUGACAUGACUCCAUGGAAGAACACACUCUUGAAACUGGGACAGACAAGAGUCUAUUUCUCCACCUCAGCAGAUCCACCAUACAGGAAGACAAGCUACAGAGUUGAUAUCGUAACCUGGAAUCAGUACUUGCGAUGGGGGGUGGUUACUCUCCGCCUGCACAGUGGAAAAAACGUGACAGAGACCAGGAUUGACCAUAAGCUGCUGCGGUUUGAACAGUACACUGCCACACGAAUGCUGGCCCAAUUUGAUGAGGACUUGUAUCCAGUUCAGAAGAUAUCCUUGCGGAUCAUCACUGGGAAUGUGAUAGGACCCCGUUACAAGCUUCGUCUCAUCCGCAUUCGAAUAACCCCACUUGACCAGCCAGACAGGCCACUGAUGUGCCGAUAUGACUUAAUUAUGGAGGAAAAUGCUGAGAUCACCUUCAAGCCAUUGCCGUGUGAUGAAUCUCGUCUAUAAGCACUCACCAUGCCGAACUUCAGUGUUCCUCGUUACAAACUGCCAAGUCAAGGAACAUAACCAUGAACUAGUUACUAUGAAUCAUCUCUGGGCAAGCAAGAAACCUUUGGUACUUUAGUUGGUGUACCUUUCUCAGACUACAAAAUGGAUUGAGACACUUUGACUGCUAUUUUUGUGCCUUUACUUGAAGACAUUCUACAUGAUUCGGAGAUCAGCUGGAGAUUUUAUUUGCUUCAGACACUCUGACGUGAGAUAUCAAUUAUAGUGCACUUCAAAACUGACAGGCCACUCUUGGACUUGGAGCCUGAUUUUCUACUUAUUUUUCUAUUAUUUUUCAUGACGGAAUUGCACUGGAACUGUCUGGUAUGACACCUCAGGUCAGUAUUUAGCAGAGCACUAUUCUACCAUCAAACUCUGUCAUGUUAUUUUAUUUAUUUAUUUUUUUGGCUGUCUCUCUUGUUCAUAGAAUUAAGAAACCUAUAGAAAAUGCCUCAUAAUACUGCUCAAGGAUGCAUGUUUCUAGCCAAAAAAAGGGUAUGAGACCUCCUUAUUACAAACACUGCUGACUCUUGACAUAAAGACAUUUCAACUGCCUGUACAUUACCAUGUAUAAACAGUUGCAAAAGUGCUGGGGACAAACACAGGUGAAAAAGAAAUCAUGAAAUGUUAUCCGGUCAGUGAGAAAAAGGUUUACAAGGACAACAUACUAUUCACCAACAUACACUGUUAAACAAACAGUACAAACACAAUUUUGAUUAAACAAAACACAGAUCCAGUCCUUUCUUAUUGAUGUUUGUAAAAUAUGAUGAACUGACACACUAAGUAAAUUGUAGCUUUAGUCAGAGAACUACUUAUUGAGAUGAUGAACUGCAAGCGUUGAACGUUUUCUGCAAUGUAUUUAACUCAGUAACCUAGAAUUAUUAGAACUAAAGUUACUUGCCAGGAGAUACAGAGGUGGACCAGCUGCUUGACUGACAUUAGACACACGCUGAAUCUAAUGAGAACAUGACUGUAGAUGUCUUUGUGGGGCAGGAGAACUGACAAGCCAAAAAAACUACAGUUACAGAUUCCCCCACCAAACACAGGCAUGGCACACCAUCCAAAUGUUUCUGUUUGGCUCGUGAGGCUUAAAACAGCAUUACAGGGAUUUGGAGACAUUUCUGGUGGAAAUGCAUAACUGCAUGGAAAAACAUUUUGUAACGUCAGCCCCACAAAAGGAAGAUUAAGUGACCUUUAUUAGUCCCACAAUGGGGAAAUUUCACCUCCGCAUUUAACCCAUCUGUGAAGCAAAACACCACACACUAGAGAGCACACUUGCCCAGAGCGGUAGGCAACCCUAUCCGCAGCUCCCGGGGAGCAGUUGGGGGUUAGGUGUCUUGCUCAAGGACACCUGUCACAUACUGUUGGUUCUGGGGAUCGAACCAGCAACCUUCCGGUCACAGGGCUGGUUCCCUAAACUCCAGCCCAUGACUGCCCCAUAAGGAGAUGCACCGUUCCUGGAGGUACUGCAAUACCAGGUUGAUGCGUGGAGCCCCUCUUCCAUAUCCCUGUCCUAAAAAUCUAUUUAAUAUGUAGUCCUCAUAUAGAGGACGUAUCAGAUACUAAACUGAUAAGAACAGAUACUACGCUUGAUCUUAGCCAAAAGACCGAGAAGUGGUCUUCCGAGAAGCGAAAGAGCAUGCUAAGAGAACUCAGUCAAAACUUGGUGUAGGGCGUUUCUUCUGACAAUGCGAGUAAAUUAGCUAGGUUAUCUACUAUGGACAGCAGAGUCGUGCUUGUGAUGAACUAAUGGGUAACCUAACUUAUAUGACGUGGUUUUAAAUAAACCUCCUGCAAAAUCUUACCCGACUCCUCUGACUUUACAAUUACACGUUCAGUGCAAGUUUAGCACGCUAACUACCAAGGAGCCAUCCUUAUAUUGU